AUGAUUGAUCUUGAGCACGAAGCUCUACACAAAGGAAACCAUCCUGAUUAUAUAGACCUUCGUCCUUCAUUGGAUCUCUUGGAUCCUGAGAGUUUAUGGACCUUCGAUUCGUAUGGACCUACGAUUCGUAUGGAUCUACGAUUUGUAUCCUUGAAUAUGCAGGGUCUAUCAUGUGACUUGGAUCAGACUAUAUGUCCAAGCUUGCUAAGGAGAUCUCGUGAGGAAGUUGUCAUACAAUUUUGUUGA